CCUUCCUCCUUCCUGGUUUCUAGCUAUGAGGAACUUUGUUCUGAUCCCUCAGCACACCUCUCCAGACUACGCUGUGCAGGAAGUAGAUGCCCUCUAUGAUGUGGUGACUGAUGUCCGCAAACGCUGGAACACCAACGAAAUCGUGCUGCUGGGCGACUUCAACUCAGGCUGCAGUUAUGUGACGGGCUCCGAAUGGCAGCAGAUCCGCCUCUUCACCGACAAGAGUUUCCACUGGCUGAUCCCAGACGAGGUCGACACUACAGUGUCACACACCAACUGCCCCUACGACAGGAUCGUGGUCACCGAUGACAUGUUGAAGGGAGUGGUGCGAGGCAGCGCUCACGUCUACGACUACAUGGUGGACUUGAAUCUCAGCCUCAGUCUGGCAUUGGCUGUCAGUGACCAUUUCCCUGUGGAGGUGGAGCUGAUUUCCUGAGGGUCCUUCUGCCUGAGUCAUGGCUUCCACAACACUUCAACAGGCCUCCACGUUGAAUCGUAAUUAGGAUUACUCAGCAGAGGAACGCUCGUCAACCACGCAGCCAUGAAAAGAGUGAAAUAAAUAAAGCUUCCAAAUGAU